AGGAAAGAGCACAUGAGCACACUGUAUAUAAAUAUGCUUGGGAAAGCUUUCUUCUUCUUCUUCUUCUUCUCUUUUUUUUCCCCCCCCUUAAACCAAACUUGGUUUCUGUUGUAGGCGGUGCAUUCCCUAGUAGGGCGGGGAACAGCAUGCUGUGAAAAGGGGAGAUGGGGAGGAGCAGGCAGUGAUUAAUUCACCCACUGUGAGAGCUGGGCUUCUAUUUAAUGGGGGGGUCUCUCUGGCCAGGAGGAGUCACAGGCAACUCCAGGACCAGCAGGAGCAUGGCAGAGGAUCUGGGGCUGGGCUUUGGGGAAUCAGCCAGCGUGGAAAUGCUGCCUGAGGACAGCGGCUGCAGGCCCAAGGCCAGAGCUGGGUCAGCAUCCAGGAGCAGCAGUGCACGCUGGGCUCUCACCUGCUGCCUGGUAUCACUCCCCAUCCUGGCAGGACUCACCACCUACCUGCUCGUUGGCCAGCUCCGGGCCCAAGGAGAGGCUUGUGUGUUCCAGACUCCAAAAGGACAGGAGGUUGGACCUUCACAUCAGCGAGUCUAUGCACCUCCUAGAGCUGGUGGAGAUAAGCCAAGGGCACAUCUGACAGUUGUGAGACAAACUCCCACACAGCCCUUGAAAAAUCAAUUCCCAGCUCUGCACUGGGAACAUGAACUUGGCUUGGCCUUCACCAAGAACCGGAUGAACUAUACCAACAAGUUCCUGGUGAUCCCAGAGUCAGGAGACUACUUUGUUUACUCUCAGAUCACAUUCCGAGGGACCACAUCCGAGUGUGGUGAAAUCAGUCAACGGAGACGACUCAGCAAGCCAGACUCCAUCAUCGUGGUCAUCACCAAGGUAACAGACAGCUACCCCGAGCCAACCCAGCUCCUAAUGGGGACCAAGUCAGUGUGUGAAAUAGGCAGCAACUGGUUCCAACCCAUCUAUUUAGGGGCCAUGUUCUCCCUGCAUGAAGGGGACAAGCUGACAGUGAAUGUCAGUGACAUCUCUUUGGUGGAUUACACAAAAGAAGAUAAAACCUUCUUUGGAGCUUUCUUGCUAUAGGGGCAAGGCAGAUGUCAUUGUAUGAAGGUCCUCUGCCUCUUAGUUCCUAAUUUUCCUCAUUCAGAUGUAAUUAUAACCAGGAAGUUUUUUGGAGCAUCCACAGAGACAGUGGAUUAGCUAUGAAAUUUAGGGCCCCAACGUUCACACUUUAUGUGCCUUACUGAUGAGAAUACUAAUUGGAAAAAAAGGCAGAAGAAGGCAGACAUAAUCAUGGCUGCUUAAAAGAGUGGUGAGUGUCUAAACAUUAAAACACUGAUCACCAAAUGAAUGGAUGAUCCACUUGGGACCUUUCCAUGCCUUCCUAGUAUGCGUUUGUCACCAGAGGGCCCAGGUACUGUACAAUUGUAUUAUGAAGCAUUUGCUUCAGUUCAGGACCCUUAAACAAAAUCCCAAGCCCUAGAAAACUGUAAAUCCUUCAGAGGCGAAAUCCUUCAUCAGUUUCCCCGAACACAUAUUUCAGUGCUUUGCCUAGAAAAAUGAAAAGAGAGCUGAUGUUUCUUAUGAACAUUCUCAAGAAAAGAAAUUGGUUUUCACGCCAUCUAUGUCAAGUGAGAAGAACUACCUUUCUCUUUAUUAUGUACACAUGCAUCAAAACAAGCAGGUAUGAGUUCCACAUGCAAAUAAAAAAUUCAACACUAGCAUCAACUCAGCACGGUGUUCUUGAGAACCUUUUAUGUCUGCUACCUUAACUCAGAAGACACGAUGAAGAACAAGACAGACUCUGCACUCUACCCAAAUUUAUAUGAAUACCACUCGAUAACUCUGAUCAAACAGUACAUGCAGAUUGCUAAAUGGAUAUUUUUCUCUAAAAUAUUCAAAGAGAUUUAAAUAAGGAUUUGGCUAAUUGGCCCAGCCAAGGCAUCUUUGCUUGAGAUGAGGCUGGACAUUGAGAACCCUCCUGCGCUUCAAUGAGUUCACAUCCUCUAAUCUGUAUGAUUUUCCUGCACUAAUAUGUCAAGGGUGGGAGGGGCAUUACUGCUCUCUUAGCCUCUGUUGACUUGUCUGUAAAGCAGGAAUCUAUCAAUUUGUUUCCCAUGGGUAUGGAACAUGUUAACUUCGAGCAUUUCUGUAAAGUCUAAGAGCAUGUCGGUGUGACAUGGGGAGUGACUUCCAGCACCUUGGCUGCUAUUAUAAAUGCUCCCUAUUAUGAGAGACUUCACAGAUGGGUCUGAAGGCAAAUUUGGCAAUGAAAUCGCUCUUACUCUUGUUGCCAGGAGACUACAGGGGCAGAGAGGUGCAUGUUGUGGUUCCUGAACAUGGUGAUUGGUGUAGCAACACUUGAUCAAUGUUUGUUGAGUUAUAAUUAAAUAAAAACUAAUUUCUAAUUUCUCAGUUGGGAGGUUAAGGUCCUAAAGCCUUCAGCUUCUCAAACCAGUCGGCACAGGGCUCAGCGUGAGCACACACAAGGGUGUGGUCACCUCCACCUGGUUCAGAAGUGUCUUCACAAGGGAAGUGAAGCCUGAAUGAGUCCUGAAAGAAGGUGGGAGGGCAGCAGAUGGCCUCUGGGAAAGGGCAUCUUGGACAGAGGAAUUACCCUUUGCUUAAAGGAGAAAGGAAAGGUUUCUCAGUAAGUACAAAACCAGCUUGAUAAGAGAAUGUUUCCCCAGCCAUCUCUUAGAAUAAUAUUUGUUAGUAAAUCAGGAAUGUCUUAUCAAUGUUGCCAAUCUGGCUCCAUGAUUAGAGACAACACCCUCUUAAGAAAAUAAAACACUCUCUGUGCAAGUGCAUAAGAGCCCCAGGCAACCUGGGAUAUGGGAAAGGAUUUGUACAGAGGAGUCUGGAGUGGUCUGCUCACCUUCCCUUCCACGGAAAGGAACCCUUUACCAAGGGCUUCAAACCUUUCCUCUGUCCCAUAGGGAAUCUGGUGGAUUUGGAAGUUUAUCCAAGAAACAGGGGUUUCCUACUAUCCUAAAAUACUUGAGGCUUUGGAAAAACCCCUGCCACGUAUUUAUUUUGCUCCUGUUAUAAGCUUGUUUAUUGAAGAACAUAUUAUACUCAGGUUUUCAUUGCUGAAAGUGUUAAACUCUCUCUAAUAUUCUUUUUACUGCCCAGAUAGGACCUGCCAAACAUUCCUAGUAGGACCCAAGUCAGAACCUCUGUUUCUUAGGCAUUAUCUAUCUCCGUGGCAAAGUUUAGUGCAGUAGUUGUAAAAAUGAGGUGGGAGAAUGUUUUUUCAGAGCAUGUGAUGAUCCCUUAAAAGGAGUAGAUGGGGUGCAUUCAAAGAUUUGGAAGGAAAGAAGGAGCAUGCUUACAAUGCUAAUUUAGGGGGAAAAUAUUUUACUGGUUCAAUAUCCCUGAAAAGGCUGAAUUCAAAUCAAUUCCACAAACAUUUACUGAGUACCCACUCACCCUGGGAACACAAAGAUCAAUUAUUUUAGUCUCAGACGUGCUCAUUCCAACUGCUUAAGCACCUCCAUUAUCUGCAGAUUCUUUAAUUUAUUUUGGUUGUAUUAGCUAAUUAAUUAGCUGACUUUAGGCACAUGGGUAUUUUCUCAUUACGAAAAUGGGUGCUAUCUGAUGAAGGAUGAUCAUUAACAAAAUGACUUGUGUUUAAGUGAUUUUUUUAAGUAGCUACUCAAGGACAGUUCUCCAUAAAUAAAAAGGGACAAAAUAAAGAUACUGUUUUCUAUGGUAGAAUACAUUUUUAAGCCACAUAUAGAGAAAGGCUUAUUAUCUCUUGGACUCAAGUUUGGCCAUCAACACCCUUGAAAAUAUUAGAACUUUAUGGAUAACCCAGAUGCUCUGAAAAGCCUAUUUCUCAGCAAAUACAGGAACCAUGAUCAAAAUGCAUGGAAUCACUAGUAUUUUGAUCCUAGCAUGGUUUAGAUCUAUUUGGCAGAACAAAAUUCCUAAAUUUUUUUGACUAAGGUACAGUAGGAUGUGAAAAGGUACACUUUCACACCCUGAAAAGUGUCCAGUUCAGUUCAGUAGCAAGGCAGGCCAGAGCCCUUGGCUCCAUUUCAAUCUAAGCUACGUCACUCCAGAGGAAAUUCCACCUCUGUGCUUGUCAACAACCCUCUGCAUUAUAAAAGUUCAACUAGCUCACUGUUCACAAGGCACGCCUGUUGCCAAAAUUCUCUUGCAAGUGUUUUCCCAAGUCCUUUUCCAAUCAUGUUUUCAUGAUUGUGACACUGGGGAUUAAAUCUUCAGGACAGAUCUGUUUAUAGGCUGCACCUAACAAAACACAUAGAGAAGUCACUUUCCUCAAGAUUUCUUGCUCCCCUAAGGCCCAGAGUCCUGGAAGUGUUCAACCAUUUGUAGAAGAAAAUUUUUAAAGGAUGCACCACUAUCCUGGAUGUUAAGAGCUACUGCAUCAUAUUGGCAACUGGGCCUGGGAAGAAUUCAGUAGACUGUGAACCCCUCAAUCUUUUUGCUCCAACAGUGAUAGAGUGAGGGUCAGAGUAGUCACAUAUAUGACCUGCACCACUGUGAGAACCAUAUUUACAACUUCCCAAGCUCUGUGACUCAUUUGCACCACUCCCUCAUCCCUCCCAUCACCUUAUUUUAAGAAAAAAGUACCAUACCAGCCCAGACAGAAGUUACUUGUUCAGGACCACACAUUGAGUUAAUGGCAGAUCUAGAGCUAGGACACUAGCUUCCUGAAUCAGAGUCCUAGGCUCACUCAAUUACCAUCUGCUCUUAGCAAAUAGCAUUUAUUUUAAUAACUGGAGGAAAAAUGGGAGGAAGACAUGAGAAAUGUCAACUAUCUAUAGGGUGAUAUAGAAAGGGGGAGGAGAUUUCUUCUAUGUCUCCCUAGAGAAAGAGCUAGGGCUAAUGAGUUGCGGUUACAGAGUCACCAUUUCUGGCUCGAUGUCCCAAAGAACUUUCUAUCCAAAAAUAUAACUCCCCAGAUAGUGAUUUCUCAGGCCCUGGAGACAGUCAGACAAAGGGCUAAUCUCAAGGCUUUUGUAGAAGCCGUUCCUAGAUUGAUGUAAGAGGAAAGACUGAAUGAUUAUGUGGCCAUUUUUUAACUGACUUCCACGUGAUCUAUUUGAUCGUUAAGAACCUGGUAGGCCUCAUCAAGCGUUCAGGGCUUCUAGCCUAGAAGUGGCUGCUGUUUUCCACUUGUUAAGAGUGUCCAACACAAGUGACUCUGAGACCUUGACCAAGGGGGAUUGUCAUGGAAUUCUAGAGCUGAUGGGCCUACAGAGCUUGUCUAUUCCAAGUUACAUCAUUUUAAGGAUGAAGGAACCCCGGCUCAGAAAGCUGACAUAAAUGGCCCAAUCCCAGACAGCAGCUAGUAGCUGUGUGAGACAAGAAUUCACAUCUCCUGACACCCAGCCUGGAAAUCUUUCCAUUUCAUCCAUGACUCAGUGAUUUUUUGAGCACCUGUCAUAGGACUGCCCUUACCUGGUGCUGGAGAGCCAAGGCAAGAGAGAAUAUGAUGUAAGUCCCACUCUUACGUAACAUGCAUUCAGGAGGAAGGAGACACACAACGUUGAGUAAAUAAAGUAGCUGAGCUUAAUCAGAUGACUUAUUUGUAAAGUCAUUCAAAUAUGUAACUUUCCCCUCUUUUGUUUCAGGGGUGAACAGAUUAAAAAAAUGUAAGCUUUUAUGUGAUUUUAGUGAUAAGCCCCAUGUGCUUUUACUGAUUUUAUGUUUUAUGUUAAAACAUCACAAACUCAAGAUAAGCUGCAUAUUGUAUGUUGUUGGAUAUGUACUUAACUGAUAUGCAUCCCCUGUCUUCCAGCACUACUGUAUGAAUUCUAAUCACUGUGAAUGAAAUGUUGUAUGUGUUAAUGUAUUUAACAGAUGUAACUUAAUAAACUGGCAUUGAAAGCCACAGAAUUUUAAUAAAUAGA